AUGGCGAUACAAAAGGCCGGCAAAAGCAGAGAGACGCGUCUCAGCAAGCAUCUCGACGACCUCUUCUGCCUCCUCGCUCUCAUCCCAACCAUCGGCGUCUCCACUGUUCUCAUCUAUGGCGCUGCUAAGGGUAUUAUCGGCGGCCACAACGACCCUAGCAACAUCGAAGGCUGGAUCUACAGCACGACACCAGAUUUAGUAAUUUUGGAGAAGGCUAGUCACCCUGUUCUCGGCUGGUCUUUCCUGCUCGACUAA